AAUCGGUGCAAGGAGCGAGACGUAGGCGCAAGCAGCAGCGCGACCCGCUUCCACGGGGUGUGCGACGAGCGUCCCCGUGUCACGGUUCGUCCGUCGUUCGUGUUGCGCGGCGCGAAUCGAGGGAGAGAAACACCGGAGGUCGUCGUCGAUAAUCCGUGCGGCCAGCCGCGGCGAUGCCGACCGGCGCACGGUUGCGCGUCGUCACGUUCUCGUGAGGUGCGUCGGGGGAUCGUCCUAUGUACAGACUCGUCGUGAACCCGGAGGGCACCGGCGACGACGACGACGACGACGACAACGACAACGACAACGAAGGGUGCCAUGCCGCGGCGCGUCUCCACACGGACGAGGCGAACAUCGACAACGAGGACAGCGAUGACUCCGUGUCGUCCUGCCAGCUAGGGCACGCCGCCACCGCCAAGACCGGCAGCAUGGCAGCCGAAGAGGGAAUGCUGGGUGGUGGCCUGGGCGCGAAAUUGAAAUGCCCGACCCCCAUAUCGCGGUUAAGGGUGGAGAAGAUCGAAGGCGGCCUGAUGGUGGCCGGCGUGGUAAUAGCGGCGAAUUGCCAGAUCGCCCUACCCGCAUUUGGCACUCUCUUCAUGCUCGUCGGCGCCGUACUCACUGCUGCUUCUUAUCGUGGCCCUGGCGAGGACGAGGACAAGAACUCGUACGCCGCACGAAUCGCCUUUACUGGCAAUUCCCGUAUCUUGGGGCCGAUCUGCAUAGUUGUGGGCGCCCUUAUGCUCGCGCUCGGCAUACUACUCUGCAUGCUCACGAGACGGGCGAGGCGGAGAGAGCGCAGGGUGGGUUUUCAUUGCCCACUUCACGGGGAUUUCUACCCUCUGAGUCCGGUCCAAGGUAUCAAGAUGCUCGGGGUAUCUGGCAAGGACGUAAGCGGAUGGGCGAAGAUCCCGUGUCUGAAAGGCCGGGCGUCUAGCAAAAGCGGAAGCAAUGUAGGAGGACCGCACGUAGGCCCGCCGCAAUGUCCGCACUCCGUUUUGAGCAGUACUCGCAGCUCCGUGAGUAGCUCUCCAUUGAGCCCGUGUCCGACGCCCAUGCCCUUCUUGGUAACCUCGGGCUCUGUCAGUAGCGGCAUGGUGCAAAGCGUCGGGGCCAAUUUAUCGCCGGACCAAACAUUCGGAUCGAUCCGUUCGCUCUCGGUGACGAGAGAAGUCGCCAGUUUUCCCCUGUCGCGAACGCCCACGCCGCCCCCGCAACACAGACCGUCGGCGAUGCUGGCGGCGAAUCCCGAGGAGCUAGUGGGCGUCGGUAGUCCUCUGAGGGAGGCCUCACCCAGGCCGGAGGUGCGCGUGGUCGCGCCAUCUCAUCGGCCAGCACCACCGACGUCCGCCCUGGCCGCGACAAACGGCGGCCAUCAAGUCGUCUCCACGGGGAAUCGUAAAUCCGUCAGCAUACUGUUACCCGAGCAUAGCAGCGGAUGACAGCAGCAACAGCAGCAGCAGCAGCUGCAGCAUCAGCAGCAGCAGCAGCAACAGCAACACGGCUUCGUGCACCGUUGCGACGAGCAGCCGCUCUCGAUCUAAAAGCGUCUCGCUGGUAUGCGAGAAGACGCGGCUGCGAUGAUGAAAACGACGCGUCGCGCGUUACGCGCCGAUCCGAUUCGGAUAACUGAGAAUUAAUUGAUCUCGUCGCGCACGCUCGAUCGGACACGGUCUCCGCAUACGCGUAGAUAAAGCUGUCUGACGAGAGCGAGGUGAUUGAUGGCUGGUUAACGUCGGUUAAUGUCGAUCGAACAUUCCGUUUCAAACCCGACCGUUUUUACGUCGCAAGACCUCGAGAGGGUUGAACUAUCGUCAACGUUAGGUUACGAGGGACCCCGUGAUGGAUCCCAUCACUUUUUACCACUUGAUUAACAAAUGCUCUGCGUGAACCGAUAGUUUGACUAUCGCGAACCGUCCUUGCUUAUACGGAGACAUUGCCCGAUGAUAUUUUGACUAAAAACCGUGCUGAGUGUCUCUCAAUGUCUGUAAUGCUCGAUGGCAACUUGUAUAUCGCUUUGUUACGGAAAAGCCGUAAUUGAAAAGAAAUUACGAUCGCUAGAAAUUUUUGCAGUACUAUAUAAUAGUACUUCGAGAAGUAAAAACGUCGGAGAAUUUUGCGUUUCCAAGUUGUGGCGAAUCGAUCGCGUUUCGAUUCAUGCCUACUGCAUUAUUAUUAUAGCGCGACUGUGCAUUAUUGAUAAUCUAGAGAAGUACGGCGCACGCUACUGAUCAGAGGUGCUAUUCGACACGCAUGUCUUAACCUUCGGAAAUUACACGUUAACAUGCGUGGUGUAAGUAUAAGAAAACCUAGGUAAAGAAAAAUUAGCAAAUCUAUCGCAAGUUUCAUUUAUCGGAGUUUCGUUGCAGCAUCGAUACUGCUCUCGUACUCCGGAAUCUUCAAUCUAUUUGUGGCCGUGAUUAUUAUCUCUGUAUUGCCAUUAAUGAUUGAGUCAGCUUUCUUAUUCUAAAAAUACAUUUUUAUUUCCGUGAUAAGGUCGGGGAAAAUUUUAUAUAAACUUUUAUACAACGUUAUACCGUGUAAUAAUUUUACCGUGUUUCUCCGACAUUACAGAUAACGAGAACGUGAUGACCUCCUUAUUUUUUCGCGUUUAUAUAAAAGCAGUUUAUCACUUGCAGUAAUUUGUAAUGUUGUCCCAACAUAUACUUAAAUCGAUAACACUAAAAAUACGAAUGUUUUUUAAACAUCCUUAUUUUGUUCGAAGAGGUAAUGAAAAGCCGCGCUGAAAAGAAUAAAUAAAUCAAUCGAUAAAUACUUAAACUUAUUUUUACAGCUGGAAAAUUGAAUAAUUUCUCUAAUGAAAAAUAAACAGUAAUCUGUGUUAAUGGAAUUAUUAGUAUAGAGUUAUAAAUUGCAAAUUUUUCGUUAAUUUUUUAUCGCGAGAGUUCGAAUUUGCGUGAAUGUUCGUGGAUUAACGUGAAUCAUGCGUGAACAUCAUUUGCCUCUUUGCGCAUUAAGGAUUAUUCUCAGCGGUGCGCCAAAUUUACGUGGCUCUGUUCCCUUUCUCGGGUACUGAAAGGGCCUAACCUCUAGGAAGGAGGCACUCAGCACGGUUUCGCACUAUCAGCGCAUUAAUUAAGUCUCAGUUAUUCCCGACUUGCGUCGAGCGACACGCCUUCCUAUUUACACUACCGCCAAGCUCCACCGUCUCGAACAUUUACAUCCCGAUAGAUAUUCGUCGCAACGGAGCGCGUUUCUGGCCAAAAGUAGUCCGUAAGGUAUCCUCGCGCGCGAGAUUUAGCACGUCCCCUCGAGAUAUCAAACGCGAUUCAACGAAGUGAGAGAGGUCAAUCCGAAAUCAAUCCGAGUUCCCUCCUCCCCCUUGCUCUUGUGAUUUCAUUUCUUUUUAGCUUUCCAGCGUUGAAAUUGUCUCACGGAUUUGUUAUUAGAUUUAUCACAGCAGCAGUUUAGGAUCAGUGAAUAUAUAUGUUUGCACAUCGUUUAACAUUGCAUUUUAUUCUGCAAUUUGGAAGAUCAAUUUAUUCAAAUUUCUUAUUAGCAAUGUAAAAUAGAAUUUUGAAAAAUAUUGAUUUUGAAACUAGGGCAAGUAUCCAAACCGCAUUUAUCAGCGUGGGAACUAUGUAUCCAUCUUAUACCUUUCGCUGACUCAACUUCCGGAACAGUUUUUGCUACUGGAGGGUGACAGAGGACAAUCCUCCCUCCCCCCUCUUUCGCCGUCUCCUUCUCUCCCUCUCUUUCUCGCUACCGAAUUUCCGAUAUCGGUCACGAAAAUCGAUAUCGAGAGCGAUGAAACUUCUGUUUUGAUCCAGGUAGGUAAAUACGUUAACUAAAUAGAUAAACCGAAUCAUGCGGACGUUGGCAGGUGUUCAAAGCUCGCUUAGACAGGUCGAUGGGAUAUUCGGUCCAAUUCGCAUAGGAUCGAGGUGACGCUGUUAUUUUUAAUCCGUGCAGAUUAUCUCCGGCCCAGUUCGUCUGAUUCAACGAAAACAUCUAGCCGGCCGUUAAUGCUAGGUAGUACGACAAAUUUCCCGUACGAUCCAGCGCGAUAGUCUUUUUUUUUCUCGGCAUUGGCUUUGAAUAAAUUGAGUUCCGUGACAAUUUGUCAUUUUCUAAAAAUCCGUUUGAUUUACAAAUAUGAUAGAGAUUAUAACUUAGAAAAAUUGUGUCAUAUUUCAUAUUAACGGUUUUAAGACACGACAUGAAUUAUUUGUCACGAUUAAAUGUCUGUUGAAUUUAUAUAGGAUUAUUUAUUACGUUCGAAAUGUCACUGAAUUCACGUUGGCUUCUGCACGGUCGUAAAUAACUUACGUAAUUUCUGAAAUGUGAGACGCGCUUGUCUGCAGACUGAAGAGUUAAUAAUUCUGUUAUAAGUAUCUCCGGGAGAUAUUACUCAAAGUAAUCGACUAGUUGAUCAGGUAGUGAGAAUCAGGACAAAACGACUGGCAAAAUGACUGUAACCAUUGACAAUCUAUAAUAGAAGCUAAUCGUGUUGCUGAAAAUCGUGGGAAGAGGCAGCGAGAGAAAGAUUUCGGCAAAACUCGAGUAGAUCUCGAAUUACGAGAUCGAAGUUUGAUAGACAGAAACGGCGGGGGAUGACCGAAAGAAUGAAAAAAAGAGAGCAAAAGUCUCGAACAUCUAACAUUCCAUAGUAGUGAUUCUUGAAUCGAAGCAUAAACUCUAACGAUUUUUAAGUAAUUUUGUAAUAAAAUUGAUGAAAUUAGUUGAUCUUUAUUUUUCUAAUUCGCACGUAGAAAGAAAAUAUUCACGCACGAUUUGAACAGCAACUUGAAUUCGUAAUAUUUAAAACUUGGCGAUUUAGAAUUUUUCUAAUAAAUAUUUUAUUAUACUUGGGGCGACACAAUAGCGCAUCACGCAACUGAACUAUACGAAUCCACAGGCUCGGACUCAAAUCCAGCUCGCGAUCCCGCAUUUUUCGGCAACCGUACUGAAAAAUUAGUGGGUUGAAUAAGAGAUUAUGUAAUUCUGUAAAUGCUUGAUUGCAGUAACAAAUGUUUUACUUUCGGCUCGUUAUGCGCUGUAUGUAUGUACGUCAAAUAGAGCUGAAAUUGAGAUCGUUUCUAACUGAGAUAUUAAAGCCAGUACUUUUUAUUCAAAGAAAGAUAACAGUUUACAAUGUAUAAUGUGUUUCUGAUAAGCUUAUUAAAUUCUACUCUCCAUUACAAUCCACUACAAUACGCAAUGGACAGACCUCACAGACAUCACGAAUUCAAACGGGACAAUCAGUGAAUCGCGAAAUAUCGUUCUGUAAAAAUAUUCCUAUUUCCGCAAAAUCACAAACUCGUUAAAGCCGUCGAAGUUUUGAAUUUUGCAUAUUGGCAAACACUUCGUCAUCCUCUCUUAUUCUCAAAUGUCGAUUUUUCUUCCGAAUCUCGCGGUUGGAUUGAGCACGAAGGACUCUUAUUACGCUUCGUAAACAAUCGUCAAUGUCAAAAAGACGCUCUAUUAUUUCGAUAAUGGACAAAAUUUUUCUCCUGCUGUUGGUAUUUCGCGAUGAGAAGCAAGACGAGAGCAGGUUUUAACGAGUAACACGAUCCUUAACAUAACGCCCUCGGCAAUCGGAUUAAGUGCUUCUGAUGGAAUUGAUCGAAACUGGAUACGGGGUUUUUGAGACGCUAAUUAACACGUAUCGCUCUGAACAUUCGCGGAAAAUAUAAACAGACAGAUACGCAGCAACUGGAAAUACGAGCUUUAUUACGAGAAAAAAAAAUAUAUUCUACAGUGAAUAUCGCAUUUUAUGCAUUCUUAUCGUUAUUCCUAAACAAAUUUAAGGAAAUAAAGAUUAUAAUUAAGCUUGUGUUAUAAAAUGUAAAGAAAUAUUGGAAUAAUAUAGAGGGAAUAUAAUAAAAACGAGAAGAAAUAUAUGUAUAUAUAUAUUAAUACUUUUUCAAUAACUUUAUUAAAAGAUUAUUGAGAUAAAAACAUCGUACCUACAAUUAUUGCGUAAAUGUUUGAUUGUAUGUACCAAAAGAUUUAAUUAUUAUUUAAGAAAGACGGAAAUGUAUUUUAACGAACGCUAAGUUUAGAGGUAACGUAAAACGGUGUGAAUUGAGCGAUAUCUGUUAAGAAGCGUCCAAAAUGGUGCUAGCUAGAAUACCAGGGUGAAUUUGCGUUGAUGAGUAACUCUUAUCGUAGGAGAAACGAUGGGUACUAAUCGCAUAGUAUAUUUAAGGUAAGCGUAGCCCUUAAGGUAAUACACGCGUUUAUUAUGCUCAUAAUUUUCUGCUUGCUCGACGACGCUGCGAUCGUUCCUUCGAUCAUUUCUCUCCCGAAUUCGAGACCCUCCUCGAGCAGGCAGCCGAGAUUUUAAGUAAGACUCUAGUCCUGUAAAUACGUAGGUAGAUACGAUGAUAUGUCGGUCGAGGAGCGUGUGACGAAUUCACGGAUUUUUGAACUCGUGCCACGCUUGAUGACUGUAUCGGUGAGAAAAAAAAGAUAUCGCAGAUGUACGCGCUUUAUAAGCUUACGAUUGUAUUGUGAAAAGAGGAUAUUGUUAACUCUUUGGGGAACACGUCAUAAAAAUAAUAUAUUAUCCCUUUACACAGAAAUUUAUCAUUUAAUCGUUAAUUGAAAAAGAAAAAAAAGUUAAAAGAAAUAUAACGUAAAAAUCGAUCUUUUAUACUUUUUAUUUUAGAUAUAAUACGUAGUUAUUUAUUUGUUGAAAACAAAUGCAGAAUCAGCUUGAAGAGUUAACAAAUGGAUGUAUGCGCUUUUGUCCAUCUAAACGAAUAAUCGAGGCUGUGAGUUGCGAAAUUGCACGAGGCGGUAUAUCGAUAUUGCCCUGCCGGAUAUUCGGACCUACAUCAGGAUUUAAUUAUAAACGCCCUUGUCCCUUAUACCGAAUAACGAAGAUUAAUACGGCGCAGCUGGUGAGCGAAUGGUAUAUUGUCGGCGGAUGAACUCGUGAACUUUCGCCAGUUAUAGCUUCGAUUCAGUUUGGGGCUUUCUUUUAAAAAAAAGUAUACGGUGCAUAAUCCGGCGAGCCGCUUACGUGCUCCUGUGUCAACGACAGCGACGUGCUAAUUAUUCCAUCGGGUUUGAUCGAGGGCCCGUCCCGGAAUCGAAUGACCGUUAUCGGUCGAAACGUCGCGAACGUUUCACCGAGAACUCGAAGCGGACACGCUAGAGUUUCUGGAUAUAUUUCGACAAUAUAUAUAUUUACAUUAAUUGUAACGGUCUAGUAACGCAUACACGUGUAUGUAGCUCACUCAAUAGCAUUUGUUCGUGCUGUCGUAGGAUAAUGAUAGGAUGUGGAAAAGGAUAUUGCAUGGGCGAGUAAUCGCGCAGGCGAUUCGUCGAAUCAUUUGAUCUCUACUAGUGAGAACGAGUAGAAUCCGCGAUUUUCAUUGUCGCCGCUUAUUUUGAGAGUGAGAUAAGAAUCGAAUUCUCACAAGGGAUUCUUUCUUGUUCAAUCCGUAUUCGGCCAUCGCGUUUCAAUUCCCGAUUCUUAGACCGAACAUCUAGAAACGCAGAGUCAGUUAUAGGUGUAACCUAAUCUGAUGUAACGGUACUCGCUUCAAAUCUCACUUUGGUGAGGAUUUUCGGGAUUUCAUUUAUGCCGCUAUCAUAAUAAGCGGCCCUAAGUCACGAUAUGAAAGACAAGGGUAGCGUGUGCCAAAAAGUAGGACAAAUUUCUCUUGCGGGACGAAGCCGAUAUUCCUGUAUCUUUUCCUGUUUUGCUCCAUUUCGUCCCACUGUUCCACUUUUGGCAGCCUAGAUACGACAUCUGGAAUGUAACGUAAUAUCGCUGAGAAUGAAAUCACCAUUGGAUGGAUUCCAGGACAUUUGUCCGAGAAUCUCAUCAAUGCUGACCGAAUAUCUUCAAUUUGAACCAGUGGGAUCAGAUAGCUUAUGCUCAUAAAGAGCUUAUGGGAGAUAUUUACAUAUGAAAUUUGUUGAGAGCCAAGCUUUUACUAUCGAAAGAUUCAGCGCAGCAUUGGACGAACUCGUUUUAGAAUUAGAGGAAAUUAUUAAACAUGUUUCUAAUUUUAAUUUUAAGAUCGAAAUUAAUUUCCUUGGAUUCUCAAACGAGUGCACUUGGCCAUUGUUUUGCUGAAGUUUUCAAUUAAUUUUGCAAUACAGAUCAGAUCGAGUCGUUUGCUGUGUGUUCAAGUUUCAAUAAAGAGACUCGAUCCCGCAUUCUCGCUCUGUUCUCCUUCAAUCGGUCGAUUUGUUUUAUUCUCGCGAACGAUGUUAAUUUCCGAGCAAUGUGAUUCGAACGAAUUGCUUCAACGUUGACAAGGCUCAAGGUCGGAAAUUAACGCGACUCUCGUCACUCUUCGUCGGUGCAUCCCACCCGGGAUGGCGGAGAGUGCAUUCUCACGCUGCAGUCGGAAAUGACAGAACUUUGGUUACGUAGUAUAAGGGUGAUACGUUUUUUCUUUUUUAGGCAAAUUGUGAUAGAACGCGUAGGCAUGUAAGCCAUAAGAUUGAUUCAAGUGAUUAUACUAAUUAUAAUUCUCACUUAUACCGAAGCCUAUAAGCGAGCGAGUUUGCAGGGUGCAGUUUACCUCGAGCAAUUUACGAUAAGCCUGCCGUGCUGUGACUAGAAUUGCGAGAAUUUUCUUUGCAAUCGAAGAAACAAGUUUAAAAAUGACAUUUUUUUUCUCGUUUUUGUAAUUUUAACGAAAAAGUGGAUAAAAUCUGCUUUAAGAGCCAGUUUGUGGCGUUAAAGUUUUAUAAAGAAUAAAUUUGUUUGUAAACUUAAAAGAUUAAUUCCUAAAAAAAGAUGAAAAGUUAUAAUUAUAAAAAUUAUUAAUUUACAUCGAAAUUGAUCCCAAUUAUUAACUGUUCAGUUAUCUCGAAAUGAUUUUUGAUCGCAGAAAAUUAAACAACUCUUUAGCCUGGUGUAAUCUUAAUGAUGGCACAUCUAUAAAAACAAUAUGACAGAUGAGAACAAAGGUGAACCGCACUUGACCAGCCCUUGCUUGCCUAAAGGCUUCACGUGACAUAGAUGUAAGUGUACGAUCUACAGACAUCAUGUCGAAUCGAGUCCUUUCGGCGGGACUCUAGCGACUCGCAUUCAUUGUACUUUUACGAUAUACAUAAUAAUUAUACAUAAUAAUUAUAGCCAAGGUAAAAAUUUGCGACACAUCAAGGAUGAGUUUUAUAGCUGUUGAUUAUAAAGAGGCUGAUUAAGUUUAGAUAUCGUUCCACUGUACUCGAUACAUUUGAUAUAAACGCAGUUAAAGAUAUUCGUAUGGUAGAUAUAUACGCGUUAUUAUUAUUAUCAUCAUUAUCACUGUAGUUAUACUUCAAGAUAAAUAUCCCGACAGAAUCCCGUAAGCGUGCUCGACGCCACGAUAAAUAGAGAAUAAACGGAGUAUUCUUAGAAUAGAAUGAUUCACUACUUGUCACGAUUAAUAUUGGAUAACUUCAGUUUCAUCGUCAUCGUACGUUUAACCAAAUUGAUGAGAAUCAUUAACUCCAUGUCAGCAUUGCUUUCCGUGUAAUAUUAGCUGGACGAUGGCUGACAUUUAUAAAGGAGUGUCGGAGAAGCAAUGAAAUAAAAAAGGAAAUUUCUAACUCUGUACAUAAAUCAAGAUAUGUAGGUCAUUGAAUACAGCGAGAAUUCAAUUUUCCAAAACCGGACGCGGACCUGCGGAGCUCGUUGCGACGGCAUUCCGCUACAGUCGCCGUUCGGAUAGGCGGCGCAGCCGAUGCGGUUUUAUACUUACUAUACCUUCAUGGCGAACGGCGACGGCAAUAAAAGGAAGCAGUUAUGGCCUAUACGCGCGUGUAGAGACAUAAAGAACCGAACGUAACACCCAACUGUACAUUGUCGCAAAUGUAGUGCCGCGGGCCCGCGCGGAUGUAACUUCCGUUACCCAGACAAGAUCUCUUCGAGUAAAAAAAAUAUUUGUUUGACUCGAAGAAAUGAAUGUGCAUUGCUAUACGGUUAAAGAAAAGUUUCUUUAAUUUAAAGAAAUCUUUUGAUUAUUCUUUUCAUUAAAAUUAAAGAAAUAGUUUGGUGUACAACGCAAAUCUUUUUUUAAAUGAAAGAAAUAUAUUUUUAAAAUCAAAGCAACUAAAUUAUUUCUUACAUUUCUGCGAGUACACUUUCUUUGAAUUAAAUAAUUAUUUAUUAAAAAUUAAAUACAUAAUUUAUUUUUAAAAAAGCUAAUAACGUCAUUUCUUGAAAUAAAAAAAAAGUAAUCAAUUUAUAUUUUCACAAAGGUAUUUUCACUUCGUUUAAAGAAACCAAGUUAAAAAAAUGUUUUUAUUCAUUUAAAUAUAACUUAUCUCUGGGUGGUUAGAGCGUGUUACGAGACGUGAGACCGAGCGACAUUUAUUAUCAUUCGAGAGGAUUCUGCUCGAAAAAGGAGAACUUUCUCUGAGAAUAACGAAUUUUUUUAUACUGGACUCGACCGGUACAACGUCCCCUAACGCGCUUCACUUCGGGAUAUGCGUUUGAUUACUAUCUAUUUAAUCAAAUAUCGUUUUUUGCCGCAUACGGAAGUGCUACGAGAGCUAGAGCGAUGUAGCGGCAACGAUCGACGGCGUCGCGCACGCGAUACGAACGCGAGCAAAGCGAUAUGAAUCCCUCCCCUUACAGGCAUUUUAAGAACGUUUUAAGCGAGACCCAAUUUAGCAUAGUGAAAUUGUUACGUCUGAACAUUGAUCAUCCCAUUAUCGCUAUAUGAUUAUCAUCACGCUAUCCGACGUUACUAUUACCGUUACCGCCGCGACGCGGUGACGAUGUAGUGCGCUCUAUACUCGAUAUUCUGUGUCGAUACCCACACAUCUAACUGUAUAUUAACAAUGAUCACUGUGUAAGGAGUUGAAAUUCCAAGUAUAAUAAAAUCGCUCUUCAUA